AUGCUCCCAUGCCUGUGUCCCUGCUGGGCCGUCCCGGUGGUACGCGGUGCUGUGUGGUCACCAGGUGGGGCCACAGCCUUGGCUUCCAGGCUGGCCGGCCCCCUCCCCCACUCCCUGCCUGAGCAGGACUUGGUCUCCAGCAGGCCACUUCUCCCCAACUGGUGACAGGAGGCUUGGAGACAGGCGGCCUCCUGCUUCUCUAAGCUGGCCUGCGCUCGCUUUCCUUAGGGAGAGGGUGCUGACGGUCCCGGCCCUGGCCUCCUUCCCUGUGAGACCCUCUGCCUGGCUAGGGGCCUGUCCGUCAGGACACGAGCCCUCCUUUCACCACCUGAGCCCCUCCCUGAGGGCGCUGGGGCAGGCAGCAAGACCUUCCUGUCCCGUGGUAGCCCCGUGCCCAACUCUGCCGCAGCCUUCCCUCGGCCAGCUCCCAGUGGACACAGCACCACUCUGCAUGGACGGAGCAGGUUCCAGUGGGCGCUUCCUGCCCCUGGGGCCUUGGUGCCAUGCGUGGGCUAACGGGCAAGUGGGCAUGACGAGAGAAGCACAAGGACUUUCGGAGCCGGUAGCAGGCUCCAGAGGCACACGCAGAUGUAACACGAUCAGAUAGUGAGGGCAGGAGCUAAGAAUAGGAUUGGGCACAGGUUUCUGGCUCAGGUGGCACGUUGGUGCCAGCCAGGAAGUCACUCCUGGGGCCAGAGAAGGGCACUGGUGCUGGGGGUGCACCUGAGAUUGCGGGGGGCAGAGUCCAGCUCAGCCUAUAAGCAGGGCAGGUGGCUCCCGGAGAGGGCAAGGGUCAGGCUCUAGGGCCUGGAGGUGAGCACAGUGCUGGCACAUGGCCUUCCUGGUGGCUGGGACCCUGCGGCUAGCUGCGCAGGUGGCAGACGCCCAGGACAGCCUGGGGAGAAAGGGGAAGUAUAGCCUGCAGGGUCCGAGGGUGGCCCUGGCACUCUGCAGCCCAGGGGUGUCUGCUGCAACCGUCGCUGCCCUGGAGGGCACGUUCCGGGCCCUGGGCUUUGAGAGCUACCAGAGGAGGGAGGUCUCUGUCCAGGGCUUUCUGGAGGAGGUAGCUUGCUUCCGGGAGCAGCUAGAUGCCUCUGGGGGCCCCGUGGGCUGCGCCCUGGUGGUGCUAGUGGCCCCUGGCAGGCAGUUGAGGCAGCAGCCUGUGGUCCAGGAGCUGAGCCGCUGUGAGGCCCUGCGGGGCUGCCCCAAGGUGUUCCUACUGCUUUCCAGUGGCCCCGGGGCCGCCCCUGAGCCUGGAGUCUUCCUCGCCGGCCUGGGGGAGCUCUGUGGCCUCUCUCACCACUCCCUGCUGCAGCUGCUGACGGAGCUCUUCUGCAGGGUGGCUGAAGAGUCAGGGGGCACCUCCUGCCCAGUCCUCUGGAGCUCCUUGCGGGGAGCACUGUGCCUGGGAGGCAUUGAGCCCUGGAGGCCGGAGCCGGUCCCCGACCCCGGAGCCCAGUAUGACCUGUCCGGAGCCAAGGCCGCCCUCCUCCUGGCUGUGAUUCGAGGACGGCCCGGGGCCCAGUGUGAUGUGGAGGUGCUGGGGGGUCUCUGCCAGGCCCUGGGCUUCGAGACCACCCUGAGGACUGACCCUACGGCCCAGGGAACAGGGACGCCGGUGUGGGGCCCCCAGCUCUCCCCUGGUACUGGCGCUGGCUGCGGACACCUCCAGCCAUCCCUUCCCAUGCAGAUGUCCUCCAGAUCCAUGCCAAUGCCCAAGGCGGCUUCUGCAGGGACCCCACUCCAGGGACCUCUGACCAGGCAGACAUCCUGAUGGUCUAUGCAGCCGCUGAGGGCUGCGUGGCCUACCGGGACGAGAAGGGCUCCGACUUCAUCCAGACGCUGGUGGAGGUCCUCAGCGCUGACCCUGGGGGAGACCUCCUGGAG